AUGUCACAGGACUACGCCUACAAAAGGCAAAGAAUAUCAGAAUCUCACCCAACCUCGCACACCCCUCUUGCAACCCUCGAUAACAACGUCUCCCAUAUUCCUACCAUGAUGAGCAAUUUCAAGAAGAAAAAUGGUGCUUCAGGAAAAAGACUUUCCAUGAUCAACAAACGACACUCAAGCAUCGGGCCUCCGCGAUUAUCUUCGUUUGGUAUCCCCUCGUCAGCAUCGUCGCUCAAGAAAACCCUUGAUUCUCCUUCAAGUCAGUCUGGCAAGGUCAAAGGGGCUAAUCUCAAUCCAAGGAAAGCCCUGACCAUUGGAAGAAACCCUAAACUAAAUAAUAACAAUAAUAAUAAUAAAAAUAACAAAAAUAAUAAUAAUAAUAAUAAUAAUAGAUUGUCAAUUUACUCUCAACUGGGAAUGUUCAACGGAGGGGCAGGCGCAGGAGGAAUAUCAUCUGCACUACUUCCAACCCCGUCAACGUCCGCAAGCAGUUCACAAAACAAUAAUACCCAUACCAUCCAAAGAGACCCUAGACCUUUACGAGAUGGUCAAUAUCAAGAAACCAUGCGACAAGAAAUCCACAGUUAUUUGAUCGACAAUCAUUUUGAAAUCAACACCAAGCACUUACUCACGGAGAAAACUUUGAGAGCCCCGACCCAAAAGGAUUUUGUGGCGAUUUUUAACUGGCUCUUCAAACAAAUUGAUCCUGGCCACACCGUCACCAAGUCUCUUGAAAGUGAUGUCACUCUUCUUUUGAAAGUCGUCCAGUACCCUUAUCUCAGUACCAUAAACAAAUCCCAAAUUUCCGCGGUGGGUGGCCACAAUUGGCAUGUGUUUUUGGGGAUGUUACAUUGGUUGGUGAAAUGCAGUUAUUUCGAUCACCAGGCCGCCAAAGAAGUUAUGAAUGACGACGAGCUUGUCAGCUCGAGCAUUGAAGAAAUUGAUCUUGGUGAUAAAUUGAACAACAUGUUUUUCAAGUAUAUGAAGAAUGCGUAUCAAUUAUUUCUGAUGGAUAAGGACAAUUACGAACCUUUGAAAGAGGAAUUACAAGCCGAAUUUGACGGGUACAUGCAGUUGAUUGAACGCUCGGUCACCGAUGUCGAGGCAGAAUAUCAACGGUUAUUCGAAAAAUAUAAUCGGUUGGUAAAGGAAGAUGAAACCAUUGAACACGGUAAUAAGCGAAGCCAGGCUUUGGAAACCGAUAUUUUGAAGUUCAAAGAAUACAUUAAAUCCAUCGAGGCGCGAAAAAUCAAAUGGAAUGCCAAUGUUAAUAAGAUGACGUCUGAAGUCAAUAACUUGAAACUGAGACAAUUAGAGCUUGCACAGGCCAAUCAAAAGGUGGUGCAAAUGUUGACCGAUCAUGGAUUGAAUUUGAAUGACGUGAAAGGCUUGAUUGAUGACAAAAGAAAUGUCAUUGCCGAACACGAAAAUAUGUUAAAGCUGGUUGAAGAAUCGACUGCUCAACUACGAGAACACGAAAACGAAGCUCGAAAGCAUUUUGAUGUGUUGCAGGAUUUGGCGAAAGACUUUAAUAGUGAUAUCUACUCAAUUUCUAAUAUUGCCGCGUCAGAAUACCAGUAUGAUUUGGAUAUUGAAAUUCAAUUGGAUGAUCUUUUGGCGGAAGAGAAAUUGGGGCUUCGGUCAGAUGAAUUACUUAAAGGUCAAGAUCUCAGGACAACGAAAAAACAAUCGCUCAAAGAUUUACAGAAACGAGCCCGAGACAAGAAUUUCAAGAUCAAGGAUGAAAUCAUCAAACAGCAAAACAGUAUUGAUUUGCUCAGUGAGACGAGUACGGAGAAGACCGAAUAUUAUAGUAAUUUGGAAGCUAAGCUAUCUUUGUUGAAAAUCCAGUCGGAUGAGUUGUACAAUACCAUUACGUUAGAGUCGAAUGCCUCUAAUACUGAGACGGAGAAGCUUGAAAUGCAACUCCAGUCAUUACGAACUACUGUUGAUCUGAGUUUGUUAGAUAUCGAUCAGAAAAUCCACUCCAAAGAGAUUGAACACGACGGAGUUUUGAACGAAACUAGAGUGAAACGCGAGCAGUUACAUAAGGACGCAGAGAAGGUGAUUAAUGAAGUGAUCUCUUUCAAAAUGGAUAUCCAAGAGUCUUUGGAGACUUUAAGCGAGGCGGUACUGGUUGAAUAUCUUGAGGAGACGGGGUAG